CUUCUUACAUUUCAAGCUCUGUCAGUCAGCAACCGCCCGUUAUGACUGAAAGGACUAGAAACUCGCGUGCUUCAACCCCUGCGAACCCUGCUGCAGGCACUCCGGAGCAGCAACCCGAACCAUGGAUAACCUCUGUGCAAGAAGUCCCAGAGCACUUACCCACCACUCGCGGGACACCAUUCUUUGCAUCUGUGACAGAGGAACCCUCCGAACCCACAAACAAACCAAUCUCAGUGAAGAACAUCCUUGAGCACCUCCCGCGGGAUCCAGCUAUCUUUCUACAAGGAAUGCUUGCUGCCCGCAAACACCCUCGAACCGAGUCCCUAGACAUGACCUCCAGGGACACCCAUGAACCGAAAAGAAACUUCCUUAAGCCGCGACCACUUAAGGCCACUUACAGAACCACAACCUAUAAAAGCUUUUGUGAGUUUGCAUUUGAAAUUGACUCGCAACCCCGGCUGUGUGACAUGGAAGAUGAAGAAGCUGUCACCUACGCUAUGACAGGCCUCUACUACACUGAAGCCAAGGACUGGCUGGACCACCUAGGGAAUGAUCAUGAGAGAUCCCGCUGGCCUGUUCUCAAGGCCUAUCUAGAGAACAAGUGCCGCCAGAAAUGCACAGACACCAAGGGAGCCGGAUACCAGGGCGCGCGCACUUGCGGCAGGGCCUUGGGGGCUGGCCACCUGCGCGUGUAA